ACCAAUCGUUUGAUUUUUUACCUCACUGAAGUCAGUUUCUUAAUUAUGACUGUUAAUUUGGAGUUGUGGGUUUCUGUGUUUCCUUCUUAAAUCAAAUGGGUAUGCUGGUUUCUAUUACAUGAAUAUAUAUUUAAAUGACAAUAAUGCAUUUACAAAAUUGUAGUUGUACAUUAUUGUUCAUUCUUCUUCGCUUAGAUAAGCAUAUCCUUAGGUCAGACCUGGCACUGAAUUAUAUGUUAUACAUCUUCAGCUGAUGUUAGCACCAAAUGUAAACACGCCUCUACUUGAGGCUACCAAUCAACGUCAAGUCGGUGUUGAGAGAGAAACAGUACUAGAGAGAGAGAGUUUCAUGGUCAACCCCCAACCUAUAAGCAGGAUUAAAGAAAAGAAAUGGAGAGUGCCAGAGCAGACCUGUUCCAACCUCACCAAUACCCUUUCCAUUUGGUUCAUUUCUGUUCUUCUUCCCUUCAUCUAUACUCUUUAUGGGGUCCUUGUUAUUCUUUCUCUCCGUUGUCUUGUCUUGUUAUCUUGUUUCUGGCCAGCCUUCAUCAGAAUUCGUAUACCCAAACUUCACUGCUACGAAUUUCCGAUUCAUUGACAGCGCUGGCAGUUUCUUAUUCUCCCGUAAUGGGUCAUUCAAAGCUGCCAUAUCCAACCCCGGUGCGCAGCAAACAAACUUUUACUUGUGCAUUAUCCAUGUGGCGUCGAACACCAUCACCUGGUCUGCAAAUCGUGAUGCACCAAUUUCGAAUUCCGGAAAGAUGAGUCUAACUUCAAGCGGCAUUAAUAUCACUGAUCAAGACGGUAAUUUUAAAUGGUCAACGCCACCAUUACGGUCAUCUGUAUCAGCGCUGAUCCUGACGGAGACUGGUAAUCUUGUCUUGCUUGAUCAAUCUAAUGGGAGUCUCUGGGAGAGCUUCCAUUAUCCAACUGAUACGAUCGUGAUCUCGCAGCACUUGGUUGUUGGGACAUCGCUGUCCAGUGCUUUGUCGAAUGAUGACUUAUCAACUGGUAAUUACAGCCUUGCAAUCACUGCCUCUGAUGCUAUACUGCAAUGGCAGGGAUUGACAUAUUGGAAAUUGUCUAUGGAUACCAAGGCUUAUUCCAACUCAAAUUAUGCAGUGGAGUACAUGGCAAUAAACCAAACAGGUCUUUAUCUGGUUGGUCGUGAUGGAUCAGUAGUUGUGAUUCAAGUGAACCUGUCUCCAUCUGAUUUUCGGAUUGCCAAGUUGGAUCAUAUUGGCCAGUUUGUUGUUAGUAGCUUUUCUGGUAGUGACUGGACGCAGGAUUAUGUGGGGCCAGUUGAUGAAUGCCAGAUUGGUAACAUCUGCGGGAAGGUUGGAUUGUGUGGUUACAGUGCUGGAUCAGAUGAUCCAUCUUGUACAUGUCCACCAGAAUUUAGUGCUAAUUCACAGAAUACAAGCGGCUGCUCGCCAAGUGAAGUUUCUUAUACAUUGCCGGUUGCUUGUAAUUCAUCCAGAAACAACAGUGACUCCAACUCUUCGCCGGUGUCAUAUUUGAAACUUGACUAUGGUAUGGCCUACUUUGCUAAUGAUUUUACUUCUCCUGUCAAGUAUGGUAUAAAUUUGUCUGUCUGUCAAGAGCUCUGCUCAGGUGACUGCUCUUGCUUAGGAAUUUUCUUUGAAAACUCAUCUGGUUCUUGUUAUGUGCUCGAAAAUGUGUUGGGAUCAAUUAAGUCAAGCAGCACGACGGAUAGUGUUCUGUUGGGCUUCAUCAAAACUCUAGUUGGAUCUUCACCAACAAAUAUUGGUGGUAGUGAUUUCAAUAGUAAAACAGUAGAAUUUCCAACAAUUGCUUUGGUGCUCUUACCUUUCACUGGUUUCAUCCUGUUAGUGGCUCUGGGAUUCUUCUUGUGGAGAAAAUCUAGAGUAUCCAGGGUUGGAGAGGUAAAAUCUGGCCGUGGAACCUCUCCUUCUUCGGGGGACCUGGAUGCCUUCUCCAUCCCAGGAUUACCUAUAAGAUUUGACUACGAAGAGCUUGAGACAGCAACUGAUAAUUUCAAGACUCAUAUUGGUUCGGGUGGGUUUGGUGCUGUAUAUAAGGGUAUACUCCCUGACAAGACUCUGGUGGCAGUAAAGAAGAUUACGAAUGUGGGUGUUCAAGGGAAGAAGGAUUUCUGCACAGAAAUAGCAGUCAUUGGAAAUAUUCACCAUGUCAAUUUGGUCAAGCUGAGAGGCUUUUGUGCUCAAGGGAGGCAAAGACUAUUGGUGUACGAGUAUAUGAAUCGUGGAUCCUUGGACCGCACCCUCUUUGGCAGUGGACCAGUAUUAGAAUGGCAAGAAAGGAUUGAAAUAGCACUUGGGACGGCACGUGGGCUUGCAUACUUGCACAGUGGGUGCGAUCAAAAGAUCAUCCAUUGUGAUGUCAAGCCAGAAAACAUUCUCCUCCAAGAUCAUUUCCAGGCAAAGAUCUCUGAUUUUGGGCUCUCAAAGCUUCUAACCCCUGAACAAUCCAGUUUAUUCACAACGAUGAGAGGCACUCGUGGCUAUCUUGCUCCUGAAUGGCUUACCAGUUCUGCAAUCUCAGAAAAAACUGAUGUGUAUAGUUUUGGAAUGGUAUUGCUUGAAAUUGUAAGUGGAAGGAAGAACUGUUCAUUACCGACACAAAGCCAUAGCAUUGGUGAUGAUAGCAGUGGUGGUGGCCAUUCCUCUGCUUCAUCAGGGCUUGGACUUAUUUAUUUCCCUCUAUUUGCAUUGGAGAUGCAUGAGCAAGGAAAGUACCUGGAACUGGCUGACCCAAGGCUGGGGGGGCGGGUGACUGGUGAAGAAGUGGAGAAGUUGGUUCGUAUAGCUUUGUGUUGUGUUCAUGAAGAGCCGGCAAUGAGGCCGAACAUGGUAACUGUUGUUGGCAUGCUGGAAGGUGAGAUCCCUUUGGGUCAACCAAGAAUGGAAGCUUUGAAUUUUUUGCGCUUUUAUGGGCGUCGGUUCACUGAGGCUUCCAUGAUAGAAGAGAACCAUGGGCAAGAUAAUGUCAUAUUGUAUCCACAAGCAAAUGCUUCUCUUGCGAACGGGAGGAGUAGCUGGCAUACUUCUUUCUCUUAUAUUUCAUCACAGGAGGUAUCAGGCCCUAGGUAGUGUUCAGUGUCCGAGGUUCUGAAACUCGUGGAAAUUCGAUUUCCACUUGCAUUUCACAUCUUGACAUGGAAUGUAAUAGGUUAGUGUGUUGUUUGUGUAAACCAAUUAUUCUGAGUUAAUGAAUAUACCAAGUACAGCCUUCUAGUUUUUUUAACCA